AAGUAAAAAUACCCUCAUUUUAUCUCUCCUCUCCAUCUCCAUCUCCAUCGACCCCGUUUCUCCAACGAAACUCCAUCUCUACAACGACUCUUCCUCCUCUGCCAUUUUACCGCCGGCUACAACUAUACCCUCACUCGAUCAUCAGCCUUUCAUCUUCGAUUAGCAAUCGAGCCCAAAACUGCAGCAUCGAUCUUCCAAUUUCUCGAUCUGCCAACAUCGAUCUUUAGGAUCUCCAUCGAUCUUCAGGCUAUAACCCUUGCAAUUAUAGAUCUUCCAAUUUCUCAGUUUGAUUGUUGGCGUUAUUGUUAGUUUUACAGGUUUUUCUAUUCUCACAGAAUGGGACAACUAGCUGCCGAAAAACACACAAAAUACAUCUUACAAAUCGAAAAGAAAAAAGACGACAUCGAAUCCGCCCUAACAGAACACCUCCGAAUCAACGGGGCCUACUGGGGUCUAACAACCUUAGACAUCCUAGGAAACCUCAAAGCCGUCGAACAAGAAGCCGUCAUUUCAUGGGUCAUGAGUUGCCAACACGAAUCCGGUGGCUUCGGCGGCAACAUAGGACACGACCCCCACCUCCUCUACACCCUCAGCGCAAUCCAAAUCCUCUCUCUCUUCAACAAAACACAAAUCCUUAACAUCCCCAAAGUCUCAACCUACAUAUCCACCUUACAAAACAAAGACGGCUCGUUUUCAGGCGACAAAUGGGGGGAAAUCGAUACGCGAUUCUCUUACCUCGCGAUCUGUUCGCUUUCACUUUUGAACAGUCUGGACAAAAUAAACGUGGAAAAAGCCGUGGAAUAUAUAAUAUCUUGUAAGAAUCUAGACGGGGGGUUCGGGUGUACACCUGGCGCUGAGUCACACUCGGGGCAAAUCUUUUGUUGUGUAGGCGCGCUUGCGAUCACAGGGUGUUUGCAUUACGUGGAUAAGGAUUUGUUGGGGUGGUGGUUGUGUGAGAGGCAAGUGAAAUCCGGAGGGUUGAAUGGAAGGCCGGAGAAGCUUCCGGAUGUUUGUUAUUCGUGGUGGGUGCUUUCGAGUUUGAUUAUGAUCGAUAGAGUUGAUUGGAUUGAUAAGGAGAAGUUAGUUAAGUUUAUUUUGGAGUGUCAGGAUAUUGAGAAUGGUGGGAUUUCGGAUAGGCCGGAUGAUGCGGUUGAUGUUUUUCAUACGUAUUUUGGUGUUGCGGGGCUUUCGCUUCUUGAAUACCCGGGGUUGAAAGCGAUUGAUCCCGCUUAUGCUUUGCCUGUUGAUGUUAUAAAUAGGCUUUUUCUCAAGUGAUGGGUUUGGGUUGUACUAUUUUUAAUUGGUGAUUUGAUGAUUAAUAAUUGUGAGCUAGUUUUGUUUUUGUACUUAGAAACAAAUCUUGUAACUUGAGUUAUGCAUGUAGUUUUCUUAUGUAUGCAAUCAAUCUUUUGAUA